GUGCGGCCGCCGCAGCCCAGCCCGGCCCGGCCCGGCCCAGCCCGGCCCGGCCGCGCUCGGGGGGACCCGCGGCCGAGCGGGGCCAUGCGGGGCCGGGCUCCGCUCCGCUCCCUCCCGCUCCUGUUGCUGCUCCUGCUGCUCCUGCUCCUGCUGCUGGGCUCGGCCGCAGAAACUCCUCCUUAUUUACCAGCCCCCAAAAAUGUGGAGGUUUAUUCCUACAACUUCCAGAGUUUGCUGAGGUGGUCUCCUGUUCCAGUGGAGAAUGGCACAGUGCUAUACACAGCCCAGUACAGAACAUGGUCCUACAGGAACUGGAGUGAUCUGGGCUGUGCCAAGAGCCCCCAGCCCCAGUGCAGGUUCCCCCCCGAGCUGCAGCGGCGGCGCUGGACGAUCCUGCUGCGGGUGCGCGCGGAGCUGGGCACGCUGGCAUCGGCCUGGGCACACUGCCCUGCCUUCGUGGCAGAGAGGAACACCACUCUGGGCCCCCCCAGGGUGAACAAUGUCAGUGCCAGCCCUGGCUCUCUGCUCAUCAGUGUCAGCCCCCCCUUCCCACCCGAGCCUGGGGACAUCCUCCAGUACCUCGUGUCCUACUGGGACAACACCACCAGUGCCACAGAAAAGCAGAAGCUAAGUGAAAGCAAGACACUAUUCCAAAUUGGAAAUCUGAAGGAGUCAACACUUUAUUGCUUCAGUGUUCAAGUGCAGCUGAGGAUUUACUCAGGUCACCUGCUGGAAGGGGAGCCAAGUGUCCCACAGUGCCACAGAACUGCCCUCAGUGAGGCAACCCGAGCUGGUUACAUCAUCCCCCUGUUUGUCCUGGCCUUGGUGCUUGCCCAGCUGGUGGCAGCUGCUUUGCUGUUCCUGUGGAAACACCAGCACAAAUUCAAACACUGGGCUCAGCCCCCUCUGGAAAUCCCAUCCCACUUCAAGGAGUUCCUGAGGGACCCUGGCCUGGCUGACCUGGAGGAGCUCAGUCCUGCUGAGGAGGAGCCCCAGGCCCUUGUGCUUGGAGAGGGACCCGGCCAGGAGGGUGAGGAUCCUUCACCCAACACCUGCAGGGACAGGGCAGCCACUGCAGGGCCACCCCUGUGAGUGUCACCUGCCCUGGACUGCCCAGAGGCUGCUGCCAGGACAGUCCUGAACAGAGGAACAGAGCCUGGGAUCACAGGAGAAUCCCGAACAGGAACCCCUGGGAUCACAGGAAAAUCCCUUGGGAUUACAGGACAAUCUCUGGGAUCACAGGAGAAUCCUGAACAGGAACCCCUGGGAUCACAGGACCGUCUCUGAAAUCACAGGACCAUCCCCUGGGAUUACAGGACCAUCCCUGGGAUUACACGACCUCCCUGGGAUCACUGGACAAUCCCUGGGAUCACAGGACCAUCCCUGGGAUCACUGGACCAUCCUGAACCCAGACCCUGAUGCUCCAGGGGCCUCUGCCCAGCUCCUCACCGUGCCAGAAGCACUGGGAAGGGGAAGGGGAAGGGCAGGAACACUAAAUUGCCUGAAGCCAGGUGAUUGAAAGGGGUGAAUUCCCACCCCAGCUUGGAGGAAUAACUGCACUUUAUUGAUGUGGGGUGACCUGGGAAUUUUCAGGGAGUGGAAAGCUGCAAGGUGAAUUCCAUUCACACUGCUUGGUUUCUGUUGGCAAUAACAUUCCCAUCAUCCCCACCCCAGUCUGCUUUCCUGAAUCAUUUUAAGUGCAGGACAAACUAAAGAGGAGUUUGUGGGUACUUUCCUGAGGUGCAGCUGUGCCAAGAGCCCCUCCCAGAGAGGUCUGUUCUUAUCUGCCUGCUCCCACCCUCCUGAAGCUUUAAUCUGCUGCUGCAGCCAGGCCAGGGCCCUGCACACCACAAAGGACCUGAGAGGAAUUUUACUCUUUUUCCAACAUUAUCAGUCCCUGUCAGACACUAAAACCUCUUGCUGAGCGCCAGCAGAAGUUGACUGAGAAGUUCUGGUUUUAGUGCCUUAAAGCAGAAGAGCCCAAGUUAACCCCCCCAUCACCCCCUGUGGGGUCUGGAGUGUCCAAUAAAGCACAAAGAAUAAGUGAA